AUUGACGUAUGUACAUAUCUUCUGAAUACUCAUAGUUUCAUCGUUUGUGUUUAUUUAGUAAAUCCGGAAGAGAUCAUUAUUUAUAUUAUUUCAAAAUCGAUAUUUGACUAUUCAACAGUCAAGAUUUUCAUUUACUUAUACUUACAUACACGUGUAUUCAUAAUAACUGAAGUGAGCUAGCAAUUGAAUUAAUCAGUUUAUUGAGACGCUAAUAUUUUAUGGUAGUGUUAAAGUUAUUCUGUUUGAUUUAAGUUCACUUAUUUACAAUAUAAAUUUUUUUUGAAAAUUGAAAUUUAUUAAUUUUUUGUAACAUUACUUGUCUAAAUUAAUGCUUUAUUAUUUUUUUUCUUUUCUAACGAUGAAUUUUUUACAAUCUAAAAAGAAUGUUCCCCAAUUGUUAUUGUUAGAAUUUUAUGAAAAAAAUUACAAUCCAAAUGUAUAUCCAACAACUAUAUUACAAUUGGAGUGCUUGAAAUUAAAUUUGAAUAAUUUACAAAAAAUAGAUCAAAAAAUCUCAACAGUUCACAAAAAUAAGCAAAUGAAUUCAGAAAUAAAAAAUAAUUGUGAUCAUUCAAAAGUAAUGAAUGAAUUAUCCAAUUUAACUCUCAUCUUUCAACCAAAAUCAUGGAUUCCGACCAUUGAAGAUAAAAUGCCAAUUAACUCAUUAAAUCCAUCAAAAGAUACAUCAACAACCAUGCAACUACCGUUUGAUUCAAUUUUGUAUGCUCCAUUUAAAGAGGCUAUAGAUAAAAAUAUCAGCAAAAAUUCUUAUUUAUUUAAUCGACAAUGGUAUUAUACAAAUUUGCAAAGACAAAUUUCAGUGGUUCGUAAAUGGAUGAUUGAAAAUGCAUUUGUUAUCUGGAUAAAAAAGAAUUAUAAGAUAUUUCAUCAACUAUUUGGUUUAAUGUAUGCUGAAGCUUUAAAAAAAAAAGAAAAAUUAUAUAGUGUAUUGUUGAUUGGCCGUAAUAAUAACGAAUAUUCAUUAAAUAUGAUUGAAAAUAAGAUAACUAAUGUAAUGCAAGAACUGCACCAGAUUCGUGAAGCAAAUGAAGAAACCUUAUCCGUAUUGAAACAAGAAAUAACAAUACUACAAGAUCAUAAUAAAACAUUAACUAAAGAAAUGGAGAAUAUAUCAAAUGUACUGGAAAAUAUUUCGAUGAAUAUCAAAUCAAUUGUAUCACAGCCCAUGAAAUCGAUACCUGUUACCGAAUUUUUAAUACCUCCUCCACCUCCACCUCCACCACCACCAAUGCCUUCAUUACCUACGUGUUUUUCAUUGUCCACCAUACCGAAAUUAACGAAAAAGAAUAAAAACAGUCGUACACCGACUAAAAAAUCAUCAGAAGAACUACGACCAGUAAUUACUGUAGAAGAUCUUCUCAAAGUAAGGUUGAAAAAAGCACCUCCAAAAAAUGAAAAGGAGAAUGAGAAAAAAAGUGAAGCAAAACGUUUUGGACCAGUAGUUACUAUCGACAUGUUGAAAAAAGUUAAAUUGAAAUCUAUCAAGUGUAAAAGCAAUGAAAAUGUAAGAUUACCCCUUCGAACACUCAAGAACAAUGAAAAUAAUAAUCAAAGUUAAUCAUUAUUCACAUGAACUAUAGUAGAAACAGUGAGUUUAUUUAAUUGAAUGAGCUGAAAAAAGUGAAUGAAUGGCCAUGACAUAAAAAACUCAUUAAAAUUCAAAGAAUUAUUAGUAUGUAUAAAAUACUCAAUGCAAACUAAAUCAAUAAUUUAAAAAAUUACUAAGCAUUGUAGUAUUUACUAAACAUACUGCGUUGGACGCUUCUAAAAACCUAUAGAAAUUGAUUUUAUCAUAAAGAUGGAAAUCUUAAAAUUGAUGUAUAAAUAUUUUUAAAUUUUUGCGAUUGCCAUUGACAAAUAUAAUCAUGUAAUGACGUACGUAAGAAUCAAAUUGAUGGUAUAAAUAAUACUUAUGACGUCAAGAAAUAUUUAUUCUUGGAAUGCUACUAAAACCCACGUUAAAUUAUACAUGACAAUAGAAUUUAACCAUUCA